AUGGAGACUGUCAACAACAUGGCUACCGCCGCUGCGAGGGCUGUUUGGGGCGAGAACAAGCAGACCGACGAGCCUGUCUCGGGUCGCACUGGCGACACCACUAAGGGCGAACCCUACGAUGCUGGUAACUUGGAGGAGCCCGACUCCACGACCAGAGUGCCAGGCGCCUCGAGUUCCACGACCAGCGGACCUGGUGCAACCACCUCCACGACCAGUGGACUAAAUGCACCCAGCCACACGACCGGCGGUCGAGAUGCCCCCAGCUCCAAGACCAGCCGCCUAGAUGCACCCAGCUCUACGACCAGCGGAAUACAUGAACCCAGCUCCACGACCAGCGGCCUAGGCGCACCCAGCUCCACGACCGGCGGACUGAAUGCCCCCAGCUCUACGACCAGUGGACUACAUGAGUCCAACUCCACGACCAGUGGAUCAGGGGCCCCUAUUACCAGCAUUGGCGGCACAGCUGGCGAGACAAAGACCGAGGAUACCCAGCCUGCCGAAUUCGCCAAGACCGAGUCCAGACCUGAAGAGACGAAGCCUGCCGAGUUCGCCAAGACUACUGGUACGGCCACUGAGAGCAACGAGACACCCGACAACCCUUCAACCGAGAUGAAGACCCGGGACACGCCCCAGGAUACGUCUAAGGGACAGGCCGACGUGCGCGACCCCGAGGACCCGCUGACCCACCCCAAAUCUGCGCCCAACGACGUCAACGAUGCCGACGAGGGCAUCAACGAGUCCCAGAAGCUGGGCCCUGGUCCCAAGGACCUCGCCGAGGUCGCCCGGGAACACGGAGGUGAUGCUGGUAACGGCAAGGCCGAGCCCUUGCAUGGCGACAAGAAGGAUGCGCCCGGUGAGGACGAGGAUGAGGACGGUCCUGGCGCGAAGAGCAAGGGCGAGGGCACCGGAGAGCAGUACGUCAAGAGCAGUGGGUUGCAAGCCGAUGGCGGUGACUUCGACGUCACGAAGCCUGGCGCUGGCAGAGAGGCUGACCGUCUCAUGGAAGAGAAGGGCAUGCACAAGGAUGCUCCCGAGGGCGCGUCCGAUGACACAGGCGCGUCCAAGGACCAUGGCGAGAAGAAGGGGCUUGGUCAGAAGAUCAAGGAAAAGCUGCACCGCCACUAG